CGACGGUUGCCUGAGAACCGAUAUUUUAAUAAGUAUUCCGAGGGCAGCGUAAGCUUCCAUAAGCCUACAUUCUUCGGCCCCAAACAUACGCCUAACAAGAUGACGGCUACAAAGACCAAGAAAAACAAGCGCGCCAACAAGGCCGUCAGGACGAAGCGCACAAUAAUCGAAGACGAAGACGGCUGGGCCCACGUCGUCGGCGGCCGAACGAUCAAGCCUGACGCGACUAAGGCAAAAAUCAAGAAAUGGGGCUUCGAUGUCGUGAUCUAUACCCUCGAAGAAGUAACGGCAAAAUAUGAGAGCCUAAAGGAUAAAUGGGAAGAGAGCAACGCCUGCAAGGAGCUUAUAAAGCUCGUUCAGCCGUAUGAGGGGAAGAGUCAGGUCAAGAAUGUGGUGAUUAUGGGACUGGGGUCGUUUCAGACGCGGAUGGGGGAUUUCUCGAGGACUACUUUUACGCAGUUGGCUGCGUUGGCCACGAUUAGGAAAACUUUAGCGAUAUUGGAAAUUCCCGUGAUAGCACAAGAUCCAGCCUUUUCUCUCCUCGAUAAAGAAUUUUUGCAGUCUCUUGGCUUUAAAGUUUUCGAGAGCCCCGAAGGAUUUGACCUCAUCGACUCCAGCUCGUUGGUAUACGCCAUCCACUGCUAUCCAGUCGUCUAUGACGAAGUUGGAAAGAAGGGCCCGCCAGCUGUUCUUAUUGGGAAUGACCUUUCACGCCUAACCGAUGAAUCGAAGGAUUUCAUUAAGGUAUAUCCGGAUAUCCUGACUUGUUACGAAAGCCUUGAGAGCCUCUUCCCUUUUCCUCAGUCCAAAGACGAUUCGCCUCAGUCCAGAGACGAUUUCUCAGAUACCAUCUGGUACCGCAGCAAAAUGUUUGAGUUGGAUUGAAUGACCCUGGAACUACGUGAGAUCUGAAAGUUAGACCUGCUAAAUUGGCCACAGAGGCAUGGAGCCUACUAGAAACAAGCUCGCCAUGGACAGUCGUCAGCACUAGGGUUUGCUGGCAAAGAUGUGCCUGUGGUAAAAGAAUCGGUUCAUGAUUGUCCCGGAUAUGGCGCUCUGAGGUAUAUGGCUACCUCGAGUGAGAAACAUGAGGCACGAGGCUUAGCUCGCCUUUGGACACACACUGAUAGCUCGGACACCGUAUGUCCUAUCCGAGCGAGUGUGCGCAAUUUCUACACCCUUGAGGCUGUCAGAUAACAGGGCGAAUGAAAGCUAUAUAGAUAUAGCUAUUAGAAUAGCAUACCAGUGAUACCCUGAAAUAUUGAGGAGAGCUAGAGAUAUGUGCUUGUUUGGUCAUGAGCUCAAUAUUUUAAGAGUGGAUUGAAAUACUAAGGUCGAUUUGAACAACUGAGCAAAUAGCUUCGCAACUUGACACCGGGUUACUUGAUAGCAGGGAAAAUGACCGUAGCUAAUUUGUAGCCAUUGUGAUAGUUGAAAUUGCCGUGGGUGGACUGUUUCGAGUGGAGCG